UAAUUUUUCAUAUUUUGAAAAGGGGAAAUAAUAGUUGCAGGGAUAACAACACAGUUCGUAUACCAUUCAAAUUGUGGAGGUCAAUUUGAUUCCGUAACGUUUGCUCAUGAACAAUGGUGACCACUUGUUGAGGAUUGGUAAUAAGAAAAAAAGAAGUCACUUUAUCGCAGGUACAAGAAAGCUUCUCGCCCGGAGGCCGUAGGGAGGGAGAUACAUUCCAGUUCCUUUUUUGGUUCUCUCUCUGAAACACACACAGAGAUGGAAGUUUUAAGCUGUAUACUCUAUCUUUGCCUCAGCUUGACCAUUAUUCAAGCCCUCCAUACCAUUGCAAAAAGAAGCAAAUCUAUUCCCAAAAAGCUUCCUCCAGGACCAAAGCCUUUUCCAAUCAUUGGAAACCUCUUGGAACUUGGUGACAAACCUCACAAGUCUCUGGCCAAGCUUGCCAUGACAAAUGGACCCUUGAUGAGCCUAAAAUUAGGCCAGAUAACCACAGUAGUCAUUUCUUCAGCUACCAUGGCCAAAGAAGUCCUCCAAACACAUGACCAACUCCUUUCCAACCGUUCCAUACCAGAUGCAAUCCGAGCCCACAAACAGCAUGAGUUAGGGUUGCCUUGGAUACCUGUUUCCUCACGUUGGAGAAACAUUAGAAAAAUAUUUAACUCCCAAUUAUUCGCCCAUAAGACACUCGAUGCCAACCAAAACCUCCGGCGCAAGAAAGUACAAGAGCUGCUUGCUGACGUCCAUAAAAGCUGCCUAACCAAUGAUGCAGUCGAUAUUGGUAGAGCAGCUUUCAAAACUACGCUUAAUUUAUUGUCCAACACUAUUUGCUCUGUGGAUUUGGCAGACCCGAAUUCUGAUAUGGCAAGAGAGUUCAAGGAACUUGUAUGGAAUAUCAUGGAAGAGGUUGGAAAACCAAACUUGGCAGACUAUUUUCCGGUGCUUAGGAAGGUUGAUCCCCAAGGCAUACGUCGCCGGAUGACAAUUUACUUUGGGAAUAUGAUAGAACUCUUUGAUAGCUUGAUCAACAAACGGUUGCUGACAAGAAAAGAACCCGAUUCAAUCAGAAACAUUGAUAUGUUAAAUACCCUUCUUGACAUUAGUGAAGAAAGCACAGGGGAGUUUGACAAAACUCAAAUCGAACGUUUGUUCCUGGACCUGUUUAUUGCAGGUAAUGAUACAACGUCCGCUACAUUAGAAUGGACAAUGGCAGAGCUGAUUCACAACCCAGAGGUUCUAUCAAAAGCCAAAGAAGAGCUCAAUCAAAUCAUUGGCAAAGGAAACCAAGUAGAGGAAUCUGAUAUUGCUCGUUUACCAUACUUGCAAGCAAUAGUCAAAGAAACCUUCCGGCUACACCCUCCAGUUCCACUGUUACUUCCCCGUAAAGCUGAGGCAGAUGUAGAAAUUCAGGGCUUUACAGUCCCAAAGGGUGCACAAGUGCUUGUAAAUGCAUGGGCUAUAGGCAGGGACUCCAGCAUAUGGGAAAACCCAAUCUCAUUUAAGCCAGAGAGGUUCAUGGGGUCAGAAAUUGAUGUCAAGGGACGGAAUUUUGAGCUUAUUCCGUUUGGUGGUGGGAGGAGAAUAUGUCCUGGAUUGCCUUUGGCGAUACGAAUGUUACACUUGAUGCUGGGUUCGCUUAUUCAUACCUUUGAUUGGAAACUUGAAGAUGGCUUUAAGCCUGAGGAUAUGUCCAUGGAAGAUAAGUUUGGUUUAACCUUACAGAUGGCUCAACCCCUGCGAGCUAUUCCUAUCAUGGUUUAACAAAUAAACCCAGUUUGUUAUGUUUGUAUAUUUUAAUAAAAAUAUAUAAUUAUUGUGUUCAUAAGGUUGUUGUUACAAAAUUUAUUGCCGUAUGAAAUAUUAAGAGUUUUUUAACUU